AUGGAUGUGAGCCACGAUAGUUCACCUCUGUUGCACAGCGGAAAUAGCAUUGAGACCAGAGUGGACAAUGACUCUUCAAACCAAGUCUUACCAUCACUUGCUGAGAGCUCUUCAUCUGCGUUGAUAAACUAUAGGGUGCUAGUCUCUGCUAAGGAGGCGGGCUGUCUCAUAGGACAGAAUGGCGCAGUCAUAGACUCUAUAAGAGAAGAAACUGGAACUAGGGCUGGAAUAUCUCGGUUACAGCCAGGCUCAUAUGAGCGGAUAUUGACUGUCAGCGGCACUCUCGAUGACGCUUCGAAAGCAUUGAGCUAUUUUGCUCAAGCUUUGGUUAAUGCUUCUACAGAAAUGCAAUUUUCUUACGUAUACUUUCCGCUAAAGCAAUUGCUGCCGAUACCUAACAUAGAAGGAGAGACAACAGUCCUUCGUCUCUUGGUGCCAAAUGCUCAGAUGGGGUCUCUUAUUGGCUCGAAGGGUGCAAGGAUCCAGCAAAUUCAACGAGAAUGUAACAUCCUGAUGAUAGCGUCAAAGGCACAAUUACCUGAUUCUAAUGAGCGUUUGGUUGAAUUGCAAGGGACAGUUGACAAUCUCUAUGAUUCUUUACGUUUAAUCCUGCGCUGUCUUAUGGAGGACUUUUCAUCUACGGUAGGAACAAUCUACUACGUUCCAAGAUGCGCGCAGAACCGUGGAGAUGCCAGUAACGGCCCGAAGAGAAGUAUCACAGCCACCGUUUCAUUUCCCAACAGCAUUGUUGGGGCCUUAAUCGGUAAAAACGGUGCCCGUAUCCAAGGGGUGCGUAAGGUUAGUGGUGCGACUAUCGGUAUCUCUGAUGAAGAGGAAGGAGUUGAGGAACGAGUCUUCACUAUUACUGGAUCAACUAAAGCUGUUGAAAAAGCUAGAGCGUUAUUGUAUCAUAAUUUGGAGAGGGAAGAGAAUCGCCGUCUCCAAGCAGAAUCCGACCAAGCUUGA